AUGAAGUUCAUCGCCAUCACCACCGUCCUCCUCACCAGCCUCUUGUCCGCCACAUCGGCCCUCGAGCCUGCUCCACCCACAAACAGCUUCCACGAGCGACGACAGGUUGCCGGAGGCAUGGAGACUCAGAACCUGGUCGUAGCCGAAGGCAUGCUCAACUCGGCACGCUCCGGCUCCGUCGGCAAGAUCCGCCGCCGCCGUCUCCAGGAGGCCCAGGAGCGGAAGUGCGUCAAGUUCCCGUCGACCGACUGCGAGAAGUGCAUGGACACACUGGUUUCGACUGCCAUUUUUGAGGUCAUGGGCUGCGGUGUUGCGGCGCUUGGUGUGGGCGCUGUUGGCGGAGGGGCCACGGCUGCCCUUGCCGCCAUGGGCUUCUUGGCCUGCGACGGAGUGGCGUAUAGCAGUUAUGAGAAGGGUUUGAUUGACAAUUCUUCCAAGUUUCGCGCCGACAAUAAUCUUUUGUCAUGGCGCUCCAAGUACCAAAUGGACAUGGGUCAUCUGCUGGGUCUUCUAUGCUCAACCUCUGAAGCCUUCUGCGAUGCCAGAGCGUAUCUCGAAGAAAAGUUCAGAGACAAACCCAAGGAGUUGGCGUGGCUCAAUUCCGCGACUUCCACCAGUCUUGAGGACAUACUUAGCACUACAAGAGCUGCCGAGGCUAAGCACCGCGGAGAUUCUCGAAGCUCCAGCCCGUUUAUGAGCGGGUUGAACGGUCUGUCGAAAAGAAUCAGGUUUUACGGGCAGGUCUUCGAUACUCUGUCGCAACAUCACCCCGAAUAUGUUUCCCUCGUCUGGGGGAUGAUGAAAUUCAUUCUCAUGGUAUCUUCUCAACCCAUCGACCCUAAACCGCUUCAAGGACCAUCUGUACAUGUACUUACGACGUUCCAGGGUAUCAUCGAGUAUGCCAACACUGUUGCGCAAUUCUCCCAAGAGCUCUCGAAUAUUGCGGAAAUAUUAUCCAUUGUGAAAGUCAGCGCCGAUCUCUACCAGACAGACCAGAUGAAAGACGCUGUUGCCAAUCUGUAUGCACAAGUACUCCUUUUUCUGAGGAAGGCCACAAAGUGGUAUACACUUCGCCGUGCCCGUCGAGUCCUUAGCACAUUAUGGACGCCAUAUGAGAUCAAGUACAAGGCGAUUGCUGAAGAAAUCAAAGCUUGCGCGCUAUCUAUCAAUCGAAUCUCAGAUAUGGAGGAGAGAGUCGAACUAAGAGACGUCAACACGUUCUUGAGGAUCGUGAGUGACAAAUCAGAAGCGAGAGACAGCAAGACUUUGGCGAUGCAGUGCGUCUUCGCAGACACGCAGUCGAAGCAGGCUGGAAUUCUGAACGAGUUAUUACAAAACCAAAAGCGUGAGAGAACUCUGUAG